CAUGUAUUCUUCCCUUCUUCUCUCUCUCUCUCUCUCUCUCUCUCUCUCUCUCUCUCUCUCUCCACGUGGGUUUGUUUACAUCGCGGCCCAGCAUGGAGGAAGGCCGCUGUCAGAUGUAAAUACUGAGAAAAACCACUGAUAAAAUAGGAACAGAGGUGAAAGAGGAGCAGUGCAUCUUUAAAAAUACAAGUUCCAUCAUUAUUACAAAGUGAUGAGUGGAGAGCAGCAGGAACCUUUGGAGCUGUCUGAGGAAGCCGCCAGCCUGCAGCACAAUGGUGACCUGCCGCAGUGUGUCACCAAGCUUAAGGCGCUGCAGAGACACCUCAUGAACACUGACAGAUGGAAGUUGAGUGGAUCAGUGUUGUGGAAUGUGUGUGGCGUGAUCCGAGUGGAAUGGGAGAGGUGGCGGGGCGAGGGGGCAGGGCAGCCGUCACUCAACAGCCUAGAGGUGGUGUCCAGUGCCCUCUGCUGUGUCCGGAAUGCCAUGCCAAACUGUGCCAGGAACCAGCUACUUGUGGCGGAGACUGAGGACCUAUUAAACCCCAUUGUAUCCUGCAUUCAGUGGACUUUCAAGACACUAGACCCCUCACAGCCACUAGACACUGAGGAAUCUGUGAGGGAAGAGAGUGAGGGAGAGGCUGAGAGGAGAAAAGCUUACUCCACUCUUGCUAUCUCCUGUGUUACAUGUCUCGGGAAUCUAGUGGCAGCUAACUCAAAGACGAGGAGAAUUGUGUGGCCGUAUUUUAAGUUGAUGUUAGGGGAUGUGCUUGUGUUCUGGGACAAGGAGGUGGCUCAGGCCUCCACAAUGAUCCUGCACAACUGUCUUCUGGAGGCUGAGCUGAAGGAGGAUCUGUGCAAAAGCCCGGCCGGUAAGGAGACCCUGACACAACUCUUGACACUUUACGAAGCUGACACAAAGUACUCCUGUUUUGUGUUACUGGCUCUAGAAGUGUUGCUGGCUGCUGACACCUUCCUGGAGGAGACGUGGCUGAGUCUUACUGAGGGCCAGCAGUGUCUGUGUCUGGAGGUGGUGGAGGUCGGGCUCACUCAUACAUCCAAGCCUCUCUACAGCCCUCAUGGAACACCCAUUCUCAAGUUCCUGGUGGGGUACUUCAAGACACAAGCAGAUCGCAUACUGAGGACUCACGCUGACUGGCCUGCCCCUGACUCAGCACUGGUGUUAGCGAAAUUGGUCUCCUUCACUUGUGCCGUGGCCGCCUCAGACACCUGGCGGCCCACACUGCAGCAGGACAGGAGCCUCCUGGUCACCAGCGUGGCAUUACUCCAGUGCAUGCAUGAGAUUGGCAAGAUGGGCGGCAAUGCAUUCACUCCCCUGGACCGCUUCACUGAUCUGGAUGACAAGGAGCGGAUGAGUGAGGUGGAGCAGCAUCCAGCGUUUGGGUUCAAGUGUGACCUGAUCCGCCUCAUUGCCAGCCUGGUGCACCUCAAUUCAUCCAACCAAGACCUGGUGAGAGAAAUGAACGCCCUCCUACUGAUACUGGAAACCUCAAGAUUCGACGCCAGGAACCCGUUGAUCAAGGAAGCCUCAAUCUUUGCCCUGAGGAACCUACUGGAGGGGAACCUUGAAAACCAACGCUGUAUUGGGGAACUGAGGAUGCAGGGAGUGGCAGAGAACCCUGGCCUGGCUGACUUGGGAAUGGAGGCAGUGCAAGAGGGAGGGAAGCUGAAGAUUGUACAGCAGGAUCGUUCAAGAGACUCUCCUCCUCCUGAACUGUGAGGAAUGUGAUAAGACUGUGAGGAGACUGUGAUGUGUUGGUUAGAUUAGACCUGUGGGGAAGAUAGACAUGGUGUAAAAGACUUAGGAACUGUUACGAGAGGUUAGGUUAGACUAUACCAGGAAAAAACUGGAGAAUUUAAAAGCGUAGAGAAAUGUUGAUGAAGGUGAAGUUAGGAGACCAGUGGGAAAGAUAGACAUGGUGUAGAAGACUUAGGAACCGUUAAGAAAGGUUAGGUUACACUAGACCAGUGGAAAAAACAGACAAUAAAGUAUUAGAGGGCUGUUCAGAAAGGUUAGAUUAGAAAGACCAGUGGAAAAUAUUGGCUUAGAGAGUUUAAAAGCUUAGAGAAAUGUUAUGAAAGGUUAGGUUAGAUUAGACCAGUGGGAAGACUGAAGUGUGUACAAGACUUGAGAAAUUUUCAGAAAGGUUAGGUUAGACAAGGCCAGUGGAAAAUAUUGGCUUAGAGAGUUUAAAAGCUUACAUAAAUGUUAAGAAAGGUUAGGUAAGAUUAGACCAGUGGGAAAACUAAAAUGUGUAGAAGAAAGGUUAGGUUAGACUAGACCAGUGGGGAAAAAAUAGACAGUGUGCAAAAUAUUAGAGAACUGUUGAUGUAGGUUAAGGACUAGAGUGUGUAGAAGACUUGAGGGCUGUUCGGAAAUGUUAGGUUAGUCAAGACCAGUGGGAAAACUAGGCAGGGUGUGUAUAAUAUUAGAGAAUUAUUGAGGAAGGUUAGGUUUGACUGCAACACCAGUGGACAAACUUAGAGUAUGUAGCAGCCUUGGAAACUGUUAAGAAGGAUUAGUUUAGGGUAUGAGAGUAAUGAGAAAACUAGACUGGAGUGUACAGGAGCCUUGAGAACUGUAAGGAAAAGUUAGAUUAGGCUAUGAGAACAGUGAGAAAAACUAAGAAUAAAUAAGAGAAGAUAAAGAGGAGAAAAAAAUGGAAGAGAUACAAAUAGGAAGGAAAAAAAGAGAAAUGGAAGAGUUAGGAUAAGUUGGGUUACACUAGGAGAAAGACUGUCAGAAAGAAAUGUAACUGGCGAGAGUAUAAGUGAUAGAAAUAAACGUAAUAUUCAUCAGUGGUA